UGCCCCGCGUGACGCCGUUUCAUUCACACAGUUCGACGGCAGCGCCGCGUCAGGGCAGGCCGGCACGAUGAAGGAUGUUACGGGGUAUCUGAAACAGCAGCAGAGCAAGAGCAGCACUCCGGAGCUGGCAGCCGAAUGGCACAAACUCGAGGAACUUUAUAACAAAAGGCUGUGGCAUCAGCUCACCCUCACAAUCAGCGAGUUUGUUGUGAACCCCUGCUUUGCUAAAGGAGAUGGACUAAUUAAGCUCUAUGAGAAUUUUCUUUGUGAUUUUGAACACCGAAUAAAUCCACUCUCACUGGUGGAGAUCAUUCUUCAUGUGGCGAGACAGAUGCCAGAUCCCAAUACUGCAAUUGCUUUUCUUGAAAAGACAAGAGAGAAGGUCAAGAGCAGUGAGGAAGCAAUAAUCCUCUGUAAGACGUCCAUUGGCAGUCUGAAGUUACAAAUUAAUGACUUGCCUGCAACUAAGAAAUUGGUAGAAGAUGUCGAGGAGAUGUUAAAUAACCUACCUGGAGUGACUUCAGUGCACGGUCGAUUCUAUGACCUCUCCAGCAAGUACUACCGAUUUAUUGGAAAUCACGCUGCGUAUUACAAAGAUGCCUUGCGCUAUUUGGGCUGUGUGGAUGUCCGAGAACUGCCAGAAGCGGAACAACAGGAAAGAGCCUUCACUCUGGGCCUGGCCGGGCUUCUAGGAGAAGGCGUUUACAAUUUUGGAGAACUUUUAAUGCAUCCAGUUUUAGAGUCUCUGAGGAAUACCGAUAAGCAGUGGCUCAUCGACACGCUGUACGCCUUCAACAGUGGAAAUGUGGAGAAGUUCAUGUCAUUCAAGACUGCGUGGGGUCAACAGCCUGACCUUGCAGCUCAAGAAUCAAGACUAAUGCAAAAGAUUCAGCUUCUCUGUCUAAUGGAGAUGACCUUUACCCGUCCAUCAAACCAUAGACAAUUGACAUUUCAAGAAAUUUCUUCACAUGCCAAUAUUCCAGUAAAUGAGGUGGAGCUGCUGGUGAUGAAGGCGUUAUCAGUGGGUCUAAUCAAAGGCAACAUUGACGAGGUGGAUCAGAGGGUUCACAUGACCUGGGUACAGCCUCGGGUGCUGGAUUUGCAGCAGAUUAAGGGAAUGAAAGACCGUCUGGAGGUGUGGUGUGGAGAUGUGAAGAACAUGGCCGUACUUGUGGAACACCAAGCUCACGAUGUGCUGACAUAAACGCUGUGCUUUCUUUUCUGCCCUUUGAAAUUGAGUAACGCAGAGGGGGAACUAAAUGACGCGUCACAACACAUGACACGACACGGGACGGCCGUCUGCAGUGUAUUUGUACACCGUGACCGUCCUCGCCGUGCCUGCUCUUAUUGUACUCGUUUUCUUUUUCUUUUUUUAUUCCCUUUAUCCUGUUUUGUCAGCUUUGAGGUAAUACACACGUCGGAGCGCGAGGUCACAUCUGUCGGUGUUCAGCCCUGCAGGUCAGUCACUAACAAAUCAGGAAGACCUGAGUAAUGGCUGAACUCUGGACGGACUCGAGUGGUCUCACGGCCCCGUCUUUCAGAGUCUGCUCAUUCGUCUGUCUUGGAUUAUUUUAAAGCUUCAUCCUCUGAAGAAAGAGGAGACCUCAAAAGUGAAGCCCCUCCAUAUCUCCUUAGUUCAAUGAAAUUAGGGUUUCAGCUAAAGGCGCAGACUGCCCUCUCUGCGUCACUGGGCGUCCUCGCUGGUUUUGAGGGUGGGGUGCGUCCGGUGGUCCUUUUGAGAGUCGCGUUUUGUAAGAACAAAAGUCAAUAAAUGACCUGCAUGUG